AUGUCAGAUAAUAUACAAGAAAAGAUUGUUGAUCUACUUAAUCAAGCAUUACUUUAUGGAAAAGAUAGUAUCCGAGUUCAACAUCUUCGACAUAUACAAGAACUUAUUUUACGAAAAGAUCCGAGUUUACUUAAUCAUUUUCUUGAAGAAGUAUUAAAUUUUCAAACAGAUAAAAGUUCAGAAGUAAAAAAAACAAUAAUAUCAUUUAUUGAAGAAGUUUGUCAAUAUGAUUCAAAACUUAUUAUUAAAGUAAUUGAUAGUCUUCAUUUGUUACUUAAUGAUGAGAAUAUAUUUGUACAAAAAAAACUUAUUCUUAGUAUGAUUUCAAUUUAUCAAUCGACUUUAACAUGGUUAGUAAAAUGUCAAUUAAUCGAUGAAAAUAUACAUAAUAUGUGGCAAUGUAUGACUAAUAUAAAAAAUCAAAUUAUAUCUAUGCUUAAUUUAGAUGAUGAUCGACUUUGUACAGUAGUUAUUAAAUUUAUUGAAAUGUUAGCACUUACUUUAUCACGAUAUGAAAAAGAUUUUUCAACAAAUUUAUUACAAAAUGAUCAUAAAAUUUUAUCACGAAUUAAAUUAGAACAAGAAGAAAAAGAAAUGAUAGAAAAAUUACUUGAAUUUAUUAUUUCUCAAAAUAUAUCUAGUGUCAAUUUAAUUGCAGCUAUCGAAGCCAUAACUAAUAUUGUUCGACAAAGAUCAAACUAUAUAAAUCGAAUUAUACAAACAUUUGAAGUAUUAAAUGUUAAUUUAUCUUCAAUUUUCAUUGAUUCUCAAGUUACUAAUUUACGUAAUAUAAUCAAAUUAAAAUUACUUAAUCUUCUCAAAUAUUCAAUUUCAUAUAAUAUACAAUCACAAAUUACAACUUUACUUAUUGAUCUUGGUGCUACACAAGAAGAGAUUCUUAAAUAUUUACCUAAAGUAAUAACAGAAUCAAAACGAAAGUUAAUUUCAAAUACAAAUAAAAAUAUUAAAAAAAUGAAAAAUAUUAAUGAUGAUAUAAAUAAUUCAAAUAUACAAUCUCAUCUUCAACAUGAUAAACUAAUUGAUUUAACAAUUGCUGAUCUUAUGACAAAAUUAUCUAUUGAAAAUGUUGUUGAUUUAGUCAUUGUAUCAAUGCAUUUAUUACCAGAAAAAAUACCACCGUCAUUUCAAUCAAGUUAUACGCCUAUAGUAGAAGCUGGUACUCCAAUUCAAAUUGAACAUUUAGCUCGUUUACUUUGUGCACAAUUAACGGCAGCUGGUUAUCAACCUAUAACAUCUAAGCAAUAUGUUAAACCACAUAUGGAUAAUAACAUUGUAGAAGAAAAAGUUACAUCGAAUGUAACCGAUGUUCAAAAUGAUGAUCCAUUAUUUGUAAUCUCGUCUGGUUUUGAUAGUAAAACACAUUUAACAUCGACUAAAGCAAUUUUAUCAACAUCUACAGACGUGAUAAAGAUUCCAAAUAUUCAACAGAAAAAAAUGAAAUCAUUUAAAUUAUCUAAUACAAUUAAAUCAUUUGAAUAUGAUGAAAUGCAACGUAUGUCACUUGAUUCAUUUCAUCGAAUGCUACAUGCUGAAGAUAUCUGUGAAAGAGCUCAUGUUGAACAUAUACGACAAAAAAUGAUGACUUCAUUAGUUUGUUUAUUCGAAGGAAGUUUUCAUAAUAUUUAUGAAGAUUAUAUUUUUGCUGAUGUAUAUAAACGAUAUGAUCUUGUAUUUGCAUGGAUUUAUCAAGAAUAUGUUUAUGCUAAUGGCUAUUUAAUAUCGAAUAAAAAAAAAGAUUUUAUCAAAUAUGAUAAUAUAUUAUGUCGAUUACUUGAAUGUUUACAAGAAAAAUGUGAUGAUCUAUUUUCUCGUUUAUUUAUAAGUGCACCAUUAAUUACAGAUAAUGCUUUAUUUAUACUCAAACAAUAUUGUCAAGAUGAAAAUCAUUCGAAUCUGGGCAUGAAUAUAUUAUAUAAAUUUAUUUGUCGUCGAAUAAUAAUACGUGAAAAAUGUUUGGAUAUAUUACUUAAUUUUACUCAUAAUGAAAAUAUUUUUAUUAGAAAUAAUGCUAUAUAUAUUAUAAAAAAUUUACAUGAAAAAAAAGAAUUUCAACAAAUAAUCGAAGAAUAUGCAUUGAAGUGUUUAACAUAUUUACGAACUUUACGACCACCAGAAACACUAUUUUGUGAUAAUAAAAAAUCAUUAACAAUAUCAAGAGAUGUUUGGACAGAAGAUUCUAUUCAUCUUUGUCUUUCAUUAUAUCUUAGUUUAAUCUCAUCGAAUCAUUAUUUAAUUCAACCAUUAGCAACUAUUUAUACCGUAGUUGAUAAAGAUAUUAAACGAGUAAUUCUUCAGAUUUUAGAAAUUCCAAUACGUGAAAUGGGCAUGACUAGUCCAGAACUAUUAAAACUCAUUAGAAAUUGUCCUCAGAAUGCAGAAGGAUUGAUUACACGUAUUAUUCAUAUUCUUACUCAACAAAUGCCACCAUCACAUGAAAUCGUUGAAAAAAUACGAGAUUUAUAUCAUAAACGUAUAUCAGAUGUUCGUUUACUUAUUCCAGUACUGACUGGCUUAGAAAAAAGUGAAAUUAUAAAUGCAUUACCAAAAUUCAUAAAAUUAUCACCACCAGUGGUUAAAGAAGUUUUUAAUCGACUUUUGGGUUUGAAUGACUCAUCUCGAACCUCAUACACAAGUUUAAUAUUACCAUCAGAAUUAUUAAUUGCUCUUCAUCAAAUUUCACUUGAAGAAUGUGAAUUAAAAACAAUAAUAAAUGCCACAUCAAUAUGUUUUAAUGAGCGUUCAAUUUAUACUUAUGAUAUUCUUGCUAUUGUUCUACAACAACUUGUUGAAAUGACUCCAAUUCCUAUUUUAUUUAUGCGAACUGUUUUACAAACAUUUAGUCUUUAUCCAAAAAUGAUUGAUUUUAUUAUGAAUAUUUUACAACGAUUGAUAACAAAACAAGCAUGGAAACAAACUCGAAUAUGGGAAGGUUUUAUAAAAUGUUGUGAACAAACUCGACCACAUUCAUUUCCAAUACUUCUUCAAUUACCACCUUCACAACUUAAACAUAUCUUGCAAAUAAAAUCAGAACUACGUGAUGGUCUUGUCCGUUAUUUACGUUCUAUGUCAAUUGCUCAACGUUCAUCAAUUCCAUCAUCUAUAUUAAUAGUAAUUGAAGAUGAUGUAGAAAAUAUUGCACCUAUUUCAUCAUCUAAUCCAGUAUAA